AUGUCUAAUGAUCGAGGCACGAGUAAAGAUGAGGAUUUACUCUCACGCUUGAAUGCGUUGAAGCAAUCGACAGUGUCGUUUGAUCGGACUAAUUUUGACGCUCCUCUUUCAAACCCUGCACCGCCCUCAUUAGAUCCAACCCCCGGCCGCGCCCUUCAGAAUGAUCUCCUAUCGAGAUGGAAGUCGUUGGGAGGGACAUCAUCUUCAGGUGACAUUUCUUCUUCAACAGGAGCGGCUGCGGGUAACAAAGCAGAGGACGAAAAGACGGUGGAGGAGCUCUUAGCGGACCUUGGCCCAUCUGAUGCUUGGGAGAUAAACAAGAGUGAGGAAGAUCAAGUUGCAGAUUUACUGCAAGCCGCAAAAGGUGCUCUUGCCGACGGAACAUGGGACACCCAAGAGGAGCAUGAACAUGUGUCCAAUGCUACUUUAGAUACUAAUAGAUCUGCCAAACUACCUGCGGUCGAUGUGUCGGUUUUCCAACCCGACCCAGAAUCAGACGAUGAAGGCGGAGUCGACAAUGCUAGGUCCCGCAAAACUCCCAACCAGAUUAAAGGCGAAGUUAAUGAAGAGGCGGAUGAAUUACUUGCCCGGAUUCUUGACGAAAUCAAGCACGACUCGCCAGAAGCAGAGCACAACCAGGAAGAUGGGUCAGAGGAGGACCAACAAUCGCCGGCUGGAUCAGGAUCGGGUGAUCAGACCGAAAAGCACGACACCAGGACACCAGCGUCAUUUAGCCUUGACCUACCAACAACUCCGUCCAAGCUACCAGAUCCUGUUGCUGAACCAGACGCCAACGGUAACGCCAACGAUGAUGACCUCGCAUCGCGGUUUGCUGGCCUAUCACUACCGACAGUACCAACAAGCAUUCAAAAGAAGUCCAGCGGCGGCACUUCACAUGCCAAACCUGCGAUUGGAUUCACCGACGAGGAAAUCGAUGAUUGGUGUAUCAUCUGCAGUGACGACGCCACAUUGCGCUGUGUAGGUUGCGAUGGAGACCUGUACUGUACGAAUUGCUGGAUCGAAGGACAUCGCGGUGAAGACGCAGGGAUGGAGGAACGCCGACAUAAAGCCGUUCAAUUCGUCAAGGGUGGAGGGAAGAAAAAGAAGAGUGUUCCAGCAAGGAGAACCAUGAUGGGCGCUUAA